AUGACACAGAUGCGUGAGCGACUUCGCGAAAUGGGUCACUCCGGUUCAUGUGCCUCCUGCAAGGCUGAUAACGCCACUCGUACCUGCUGUCAUGAAUCCCGUCGUUCUACCUGUGAUUACUUUGAUUACUUCACUGAUGACGAAGAGGAGAAUGAGGAAGAGAAAAAAGGGGAGAACUAG